GCUCUACAAACCAUAUAUUUUGCAAUACCACCUAAACACUGCCAGCCUCAUGCUCACAAGUCCUUGUACCAUCAUCUACCAUCUCAUCACCUGUUGCUAUUGUCACCACCUGUGCCUGUAGGAACUAGGAACAAAGGGCAAAUCAUUGGUCAGGGUGAGAGGAAGACUCGUUGGCGUGUCAAGGGAAAGUUUCGACUUGGCGGGUGAAGAACACUUGUAUCAAGGAACAAGGAGGUUCGUCGACAUUUCAUUGUAUAUCAGAGGGGAGUCUUCAUUAGACAUAUUUGGUCAAUCUGUCGUGUGGCUAUUACAGAUUCUUUCUAGUGUUUAUCAUUACGUUAUUAUUGUUGAUGUGGAGCCAUGACAAAUGUGCUUUCCUAUAUUGUUAAAAUUAUGUGCUGGUGACAUUCUACAUUUGGUCAGCCAAGAAAAAAAAAGCUGCAAGAAUUUCGGCAACUUUGUAUGCAAUUAAAAGAAAAUUUAAUUAUACUCCUAUGGUUUUUUUCAAUAAUAUACUCCUAGUGUCAUUGAAACUUAUAGAAUUCCCAUGGGUUUUUUUUUUUUGAAAACGCCAUAGCCAUAUUUUGAACUGCCUUUUCUAGUAGACAUCACAAGCGCUUGGGGGCACUUCCCGCCAUCCCAUGGCGCCACCUCCCGCCGGCGUCGACCUGUCCCGGUCGCUCUGCGCCGCCGUCAUCAAAUCCACCUUCCGGCCCCACCUCCACCUCCCGCUCCUCACCGGCGCCCCGGCACUCCUCGCCGCAGUCCUUCAGCGCCUCUCUCCGCUCCCUUCCGCCGCGCUAGCUUUCUUCCGCGCCCUGCCGCCGCCGCACCCGCUCGACGCCUCCUUCGCGCUCCUCCGCCUCCUCGCGCCGCACCCGCGCCACCACCCCGCCGCCCGCGCGCUCCUCCGGGACCUCUCCCUGCGCCACCCGCUCUCCUCCCCGCUCCUGCUCCCCUCCCUCCUCGCCGACGACGGCCCCCACGUCCCCAGCUGGCUCCUCCUCGUCCUCUCCCAAUCCGCACGCCCCGACGACGCCGUUCGGGUGUUCGACCAAAUGCGCGCCCGCGGCAUCGCCCCCGACGCCCACGCCUUGACGGCUCUCCUCACCGCCCUCGCCAGGGCCCGGAUGACGGCCACCGCGCGCAGGGUGUUCGACGAAAUGGCGAGGGCCGGGGUCGCCUUCAACACCCACGUGUGCAACGCCAUGCUGCACGUGUGCCUCAAGGCUGGGGACGCCGCGCGCGCCGAGGCUCUCAUGACCAGAAUGGACGCGGCUGGCGUGCCCCUGGAUCAGUUCUCUUUCAACACCAUCAUCGCCCUCUACUGCAGGAAGGGGAUGAGGUACGAGGCCAUGUGCGUGCGGGAGCGGAUGGACAAGGAGGGGAUACAGGCAGACACCGUCACUUGGAACUCCUUGAUCCACGGGUUGUGCAAGGACGGCAGGGUGAAGGAGGCGGCUCGGCUGUUUACAGAGAUGAUUGCGGCACAGGUUCCACCAGACAAUGUCACCUACACCACGCUGAUUGAUGGGUACUGUCGUGCGGGCGAUAUCGGGGAGGCGGUCAAGCUACGAGAGGAGAUGGAGGCGAGGGGGAUGCCCCCAGGGGUCGCGACUUACAAUGCCAUUCUCAGGAAGCUCUGUGAGGAUGGCAACAUGAAGGAGGUCAAUCAGUUGCUUAACGAGAUGGAUGAGAGGAAGCUGCAGGCUGAUCAUGUCACCUGCAACACGCUGAUCAAUGCGUACUGCAAGAGAGGGGACAUGGCUUCAGCAUGCAAGGUCAAGAGGAAGAUGAUGGAGUCUGGGCUGCAGCUGAAUCAGUUCACCUACAAGGCUCUCAUACAUGGAUUCUGCAAGGCCAAGGAGCUGGACAAAGCCAAGGAAGCCUUGUUUGAGAUGGUCGAUGCAGGUUUUUCACCCAACUAUAGCGUAUUCUCCUGGCUUGUUGAUGGUUUCUGCAAGAAGAAUAAUGUGGAUGCAGUGCUACUCAUACCUGAUGAGCUUAUGAAAAGAGGCUUUCCACUAGAUAAAGCAGUUUGUAGGUCGUUAAUUCGAAGGCUUUGCAGAAAAGGUUUGGUUGACCAGGCACAAAACGUAUUUGACCAGAUGCAGGGCAAAGGUUUAGUAGGUGACAGUCUAGUAUAUGCCACACUUGCCUAUGCAUAUCUGACCGAAGGAAAGCCAGCUGCCGCUUCGAAUACCUUGGAUGACAUGGCGAAGAAUCAAUUACACAUAACACCCCAGAUUUACAACAGCCUGUGCACAUCUUAUGCUGAUGAGAAGGAAACCCUUAAUAUGUUGUGGGUUCGCGCAAUCGAGAGGGGCCUAAUCACGAAGAGUGUUUACAAAUUGCUGCACCAAGCAAGGCUGGAAUCAACGAAGCCUGCAGUUGAGUCUGGGGGAUAUGCUCCUGCUCUAAGGCCAGACUAUCUAUAGAGACCACACUGGAUACUUAAACGCAGAACUACAGUUCUAUGGCCUGGUCCAUUUGUUCCCUUCGAUCAUACCAACGCCGUAAGGAAAUUAGGAGCGUUGUAAAUUGGCCCCUUAGUAUUCUGGGGCCGAAUGGACAAGCCAUGCUGCUGACACACUCCAGUUAUACGCUGACUCUUGUUCCGUGCUGGGUGGAUACAUUCACUUUGCUAUAGCAUAGCAUAAGCGUAGCUCUUAGUUGUGUUUGUAUGUGUCACUGUGUGAGGCAUGUGUCUGUGUUGCUUACAAGGAAAUGAAUGCUAUCUGCUGCUUGCUUA